ACGAGCUCUGUGCUUAAAGCACGCUAGAGGAGGAAGACGACGCCGAGGAGCAGCGCGCAGCGUCCGCCAUAAUCAGUUUUGACCGUCGAGCUCGCAGGUCACGCACUCAGCUGCUCUUUCGCCGGCGUCCCUGUCUGUCCCCGAGUGACUGUCCGUCCCCACAGCACCGACGCGAGAUGGCGAUCAACGUCGCGGGCCUGCUGGCCAUCAUAUUCUUCUACGUCAUCAUCCUGGUGGUGGGCAUCUGGGCCGGCCGCAAGACAAAUGCGCCGCGUCGAAGCACUUUAUCAAUGAGCAUCGGCGAGCAAUCCAACAUCAUGCUCGCCGGCAGAAACAUCGGCCUGUUCGUCGGCGUCUUUACCAUGACCGCGACCUGGGUCGGAGGCGGUUAUAUCAAUGGUACCGCCGAAGUGGUCUACAUCAGCGGGCUCGCCUGGUGCCAGGCUCCCUUCGGAUACGCCCUCAGCCUGCUCAUCGGCGGAUACCUGUUCGCGGUGAAGAUGAGGAAGGCCGGCUACAAGACGAUGCUGGACCCUUUCCAGCAGCACUUCGGCGCCCGCAUGGGCUGCUUGCUCUUCCUGCCGGCGCUGUGCGGCGAGGUGUUCUGGUCGGCCGCCAUCCUUGCCGCCCUCGGCGCCACCGUGGAGGUCAUCAUGGACUUUGAACGCACAGAGUCGGUGGUCGCGUCGGCGUGCAUCGCCCUUUUCUACACGUUCACGGGCGGCCUCUACUCGGUCGCCUACACGGACGUCAUCCAGCUCCUGGCCAUCUUCUUCGGCCUGUGGCUGUCGGUUCCGUUCGCCAUGUUCCACGAGGCGGUGGGCCCGAUCUCGUACCCGAGGAACGACUUCGUGGGCAGCGUCGAGUGGAGGGACUUCGGCAUCUACUGGGACUCCAUGCUGCUCCUCAUGAUGGGCGGCGUGCCCUGGCAGGUGUACUUCCAGCGGGUUCUCUCGAGCCGCACGGCCGAGGGCGCCGAGCUGCUGUCGUACAUGGCGUCGUUCGGCUGCCUGUUCAUGGCCAUCCCGCCCGUCAUCAUCGGCGCCGUAGCCAAGGCGGCCAACUUGACGCAGGCGGGCUACACGAAGCCCAUUCCGCUGACGGGCGAGGCGACGUCGCUGACGCUGCCGCUGGUGCUGCAGUACCUGACGCCCGGCUUCGUCUCCGCCAUGGGGCUGGGCGCUGUCUCCGCGGCGGUGAUGUCCUCUUCGGACUCGUCCAUCCUCAGCGCGGCCUCCAUGUUCGCCUGGAAUAUCUACAAACUCGGCAUCAGACAGAACGCCACGGAGAAGGAGGUGAUCGGCGUGAUGCGCGUCUCCAUCGUGCUGGUGGGCGCGCUGGCCACCUUCAUGGCGCUCACGGCCGAGUCCAUCUACGGCCUGUGGUACCUGUCCUCGGACCUGGUCUACGUCAUCCUCUUCCCGCAGCUCGUGAGCGUGGUGUACCUCAAGGAGCACGUCAACACGUACGGCUCGUUCGCCGCCUACGUGGUCGGCUGCGUCCUGCGCGCGGGCGGCGGCGAGUCCAUCCUCAGGAUACCGCCCUUCAUCAAGUACCCCUUCUACGACUACGAGCAGGACAUGCAGCUCUUCCCGUUCCGCACCUUCUCCAUGGUCAUCAGCUUCCUCACCCUGGUGGUGGUGUCCGGCGCAAGCUCGUGGCUCUUCGCCGGUGGCCAUGCGCCUCUCGACUGGGACGUGUUCCACUGCUUCCAGCCCGACGCCAAGGUGCCCGACGCCAAGGUGGCCGACAAGGCACCCUUGGUCGAAGGCGCGGCACUGAAGGCGCAUCCCGCUGCGGGCCCACCGCCCGCGGCUGCAGAGCCUGCGCUGACGCCGUCCGCGGCGUCCGCAGCAGAGACAUCUGCCGCGGUCGGAAGUACGACGUCGGCGUCUACUACGGCUCGUGAAAUCGCGGUGACCGCGCCUCCCAGCGGCUCGGAAGAGAAGCUGUCGCAAGUCGAGAAAGUGCCCGACCGCCCUUCGCCCCACUCAGCGGACUUGACGUUCAAGAGCCACCCGGUUGCAUCGGCGAAGAGCAACACGAGCAAGGAUGCGAGCGAAAUGUCGACCAGCAAGCGCAAGCGCAAGAAGCACCGUCGCUCCAGCCAGGGGUCGCGCAAGUCGGCGCACAGCGACACCUCGCAGCCGCGGCGUCCGUCGGCCCCGCACGAGGAGGCCCACGACUCAAAGCAUCACUGAAGCUGCGCUGCAUGGUGCCGCCGAAUUCACGGCGAGCACCACGUUGGUCGGGGCGGUAAUGAUAAAGAGAAAAAUGCGCUCGUCUCUUGAAAAACCAGUUCGACAUGGGUAUAUUUGUGUACGCAGCCGAUCCUCUCGAGCUCUUAACCACGCAUUGUAGCUUCGAGCGCUGUAGAGGUAAAGGCCUGCGAAAAUGCACACAAGACGCUGCAAGAUAUGCCCAACCGUAACGCGUUCAUUAACUCGGAAAGCGGAAAGAUAAGAGGCGUCCGAAGGCAGCCGCUGCGUAUACACGAGACGGGCCAUUAUGAGGCCGCAUGUCCGCAAAAUUAGUUUGCGUGGGAGAACGCGUUAGAGGCGCUGUCGCGGCGCAGCGGCACCGUUCCUGUUUGCGAGAGUCUGUGACGUUUCUUUGCCUAGACACACAUAAUAUGCUAAUGGCUUAGGGUUGAUGAAACGGGACGUAGAGGAGUUCACGGGGCUUACUUUCUCGGGGCCGAGUUCUCGGGCUAACUAACACUAACUAGCCCAUGGGCUGCGAACGACGGAGAUGCGCGGAAGGAGGUGCGGCUGUUAGAACAUUCAUUUGCACAAAUUUGUGGUAUACUAGCGCAGCACAUGAAGGCGCAAUGGCACGUGAAGCAGCGACGUCCAAAUGGGAAAAACGAGCGAUGAAAUCAAGAUUUGUUGACUGACAACGUGCCCGGCCGACUUUGUUUUUAGAAGUUACCAAUUCAUGUCUCAGUGCCAUACAGCGGGUAAUAUUCUUAAAGUUCUGGCGCUGUACGACAGGCUACAUUCUAAUGUUGCACCUAUUCGUCAAUAUUCGCUUGCUCUUUAGUCUUCAGACGUUCACGACAGGCGGUAUCUCGCCUGCUUUUCAGGUUUCCACAGCCUUGAGAUCGAAAAUAUUC